UUGUUGCAGCGUCCUCCACAUUUACUGCAGACGUCUUUUCGACCAGCUUUCAAUUGAGCAACAAUUUCGCUUGUGCAUAAGCGUGUGGAAUAUAUCAUCAAUAUGUCCGAUACCGUGACCCCGAAACCUCACAAUCCAACCCUCGAAGAGGUCGAAGAUGAGGAAGACCUCAUCCAUCCUCCUCCAUCCGCUCACUUAGGAGACCAUACCACUGCUGGAGCAUCUUCAUCGGCAUCUGCUGAACCGGUCGACAACGAGGAGACCGAUUCCAAGCCGAAGAAACCCGUGGCACCAAAGCUCGAUGUCGCCUCCGAAGAGGCAUUCCCAUCACUGGGGGUCCCGAAAUCCCGAGAGACUCCGAGCGCGACAGCCUGGGGGAAGAGGCCCGCCAUAAGUUCAACCAAUGGAUUGAACGGCUCCGCCAAUGGGGUUGCUGCCAGUCUGGCAUCCAGACUGUCGACCCCUGCCUCGGGCAUGGCGACACCGCUCCCCUCCGCUGCGGGUGGCUCUGUGCUGCAUACCCUCUCCCUUCCGGGGAAGUCAAGCGACAACAUCACGCUCCUUCCGAGCCAAAUGCUUCCCCGUAGCCAGCUAAAGAGACCGAUCCCAGAGAUUAUCCGAGAUAUCAACCGACGCUCGAAGGCUACGGUUCAAAUGAAGCCGGGACAAGUGAAUGGGUCGUAUGUUUUUGAAGGACAAGGCCCUAUUGAGGCCGUUCAACAAGCUCUCCGAGAAGUCGCCAGCCAGGUCGGGAUGAAGCAAUCUUUGAAUGUCAAGAUCCCCGCAUCUCUUCGAGCCCAAAUCAUCGGCAAACAAGGGGCUACUAUUCAGGCUUUGAGUAAGCGUACCGGGGCUAGGAUUCAAGUCCCUAGAACCCACGAGUCGAAUGGACAGCUCGAUGACGAUGAGGAGAUAGAUGUCGUCGUCGAAGGAGAUCCGGUCGCGACGAAGAUGGCGGAGCGCGAGAUCAGGAACAUUGUGGACGAACGAAUAUCCACUGUCAACUGGAAACUUCGCAACAUCGCUCCUGAAUUGUACCCAUUCCUCGCCGGUGCACAUAAUUCUCGAGUCAACGCCUUGCAGGGAGGCAACGGCGUCAACAUCCAGAUUCCUCAUUAUCAGACGUGGGAAGGAGCGCCGCCAAAGUUCGCAGUAGGACAAGGCCCCGCCCUCCCGCAGCAGCCAGCCCAGCCCAUCCAAAUUUCUGGAGAGCGCAAGGCUGCACUGGAAGCUCGGGCCGAAAUCGAACGGCACGUGGAACAAUUGCGCCAACAUCUCACCACUGACCGGGUACCCUUGGACCAGGCGCUUCAUUCCUUCGUGAUCGGCGACAAGGGAAUCUCGCUCCACGACUUUCUGGAAGAGACCGGAUGCGCUGUUGUACUUCCGCCCUCUGAGGAAGCCAGCGAGCUCAUUACUGUCGUUGGGCCGGCGGACCGGAUUGCCAGUGGCUUGAACAAGGUCGAGGAUCUUGCUUCGGGAGUGUUUAUGAAUCCUGUCGACGUCUCCCGUAUGCAUGGAGGAGCUCCAGAUCAUGCAUACAACUUGGCGAGAUACCUCCGAGAGCGACGGGCUGUUGAACAAUUAGAACAACAGCACCAGGCGAGCAUUAUCUUGCCCACGUCCCUGGAUGGGCCCACCACGUUCAAUGUGUGCUCCAAGGACGGCAAAGUGGCUAUGCGGGCGCGGAAAGAUGUCGCGAACAUCGUCACUGGGCAUCCGCCCCAGCGGUUGGCGAAUAUUAACGUCGAUCCGUUCUUCCAUGAGCAUCUUCGCCGUACAGCAGCACCACAGUUGAGGGGUGAACAUGGUGUGCAUAUGAUAUUCCCCGAGCAACGGCAAUCUCCCCAAGUUCUACUCGUGUACGAGGCACCUGGCGAGGCCCAAGGUUAUCAAAUUCCUCGCGAGCAGCCAAGUGUAGCCGACCUCAAGCAAUUCCAAAAAGGACUGGAAGCAACCCAUCGGCAAAUCACUGCGCUUAUCAGUGCUCAGGAACAGGUUGAGACCAAGGAGAUGGAGGCUCAUCCAAGGUUCCACCGCAAGAUUCGAGAUUUUGUCAAUGCCCACCAGAAGCCUUUGUCGUCUACUGCAAUCCCAGCGCGGAUGUUGUCCCCGCAGGAUCUGCCCUCGGGAUGUCAACCGUCACAAAACACCUUCGCUAUUCGCGGUCCUGGAAACACGGUUCAGGAUUUGCACAGCGCAAUUCUCCAGUUCAUUGAAGAAGCAGAGAAGGACGAACAAGAACGGUCAUACACCACCUCCUGCGCGUUUCCGACAAAAUACACGAAUAUUCUUAUCGGAAAGCAAGGAGAAAACAUCAGCAAGCUACGCAAGGAAUUUGAUGUGGACCUCCAACUGAGCAAUGACGGCAAAGUGGAAAUCAAGGGCCCCCAAGCCAAAGCUGAGCGAGCCAAGGCUCACAUUGUGAGCUUUGGGAAGAAGCUUGAGGAUGAGGCCACGCACGUCUUGAAGAUCAGCCCGCAAUUCCACCCUGAGCUGAUUGGCGCCAAGGGUGCUCAAGUCAACAAAUUGCAGGGCCGUUACAACGUCCGCAUCAACUUCCCGAAAUCCGCGGGAUCUGUGGGUGAUAACGUGGAUGCUGGAACUGAGAAUGGUUCCACCAGAACUCGUUCUGUUGCGCCGGAUGAGGUGGUUAUUCGGGGACCGAGCAGGGGUGUCGAUGAGGCCUGCUCCGAGCUUCUCAAUCUCUUGCAAUAUGUGAAGGAUAAUUCACAUAAUGCGACCGUCUCCGUUGCGCAGGAUCAACUUCCUUCACUCAUUGGACAGGCCGGCCGCGAAUUGGAUAAUCUUCGUAUGACCACUGGUGCGAAAAUCGAUGUACCCGGAACGAAGGACGCUCGCGCCGCCUCAGGUCGUGUGGAUAUCAAAAUUCGUGGAACAAAGGCCCAGGUUGAUGCCGCGAAGGAACUGAUUGAGCAGCGCGCUCAAACGUACGAUUCAACGGUCACAAAGACAGUUGACGUUGACCGGAAAUAUCACAAGCUGUUGAUCGGGCCUCAAGGUCAAAAUAUUCGAAAGCUUGUCGUAGCAGCCGGAGGGCCAGAUGGUCCCCGCGAAUGCGCCAGAAUUGUUCGCUUCCCACGAGCCAAUGAGGACCAGCAUGCCGUUCGCGUCGAAGGUGGCGAAACAUUGGUCGACCGGAUCAUCGAGGCUAUCAAUGCGGAAGUUAGCCGCCGACAAAACGAAACCACGGAAACCAUGGAGGUUGCUCCGGAUAAGCAUCGCAUGCUGAUCGGCCGGGGUGGCGAUACUCGACGCAACAUCGAAUCGCGCUUCAAAGUCAUUGUCGACAUUCCUAAGCAGGAUGUGACCGGUCCUGCUCGCUCGCAGAUUCGGAUCACGGGCACACCAGCGGAUGUUGGAGUGGCGCGAUCUCAUAUUGAGGAGAUCGUCAAGUCUCGUGAAGGCGAGACCAUCCAAAUCCCGCGAUGCCACCAUCACGCCGUGGCGGACAAUGGACAGUUGUUCCGCAAACUUCGACGAGACUUCAAUGUUUCGGUCGACCACGAGGGGCACCGCGUACCACCCAAGCCGAAAUCGAAGCCUAGGCCGACCCGGAUCAAUGGAAUCAACAACGAAAAUUCCACGCCGAAUCAGCACACCUGGGAAGUAGUGGAUUCGGCCGCAGAGCCUGAGGGCGAAUCCGGUGACAUCCCCUGGGUCCUUCGCGGAGUGGCAGAUAGUACAACUCAGGCACGCGCCAUUGUUGAGAGAGCGCUUGAAACGGCACAGAAGAGUGGCUCAGUCGGAUACCUCCUGCUACCCGAUCCGCGCUCGUACCGUGUAGUCGUCGGGCCGGGUGGCAAGCAGAUCAAUUCGAUCCGUGACGCGACAGGCACGAGGAUUACGGUGCCUCGAGACCAGGCCAAGGGUGAGCCGGUCGAGAUUCAGGGCAGUCGAGAGGGGGUUGAAGAGGCGAAGGACCUGAUCCUUGAACUGCUCAACGCCAGCUCGUAAGGUGAAGCUAUGGUACUGCAGGAUGCAGUUGCGGUCUGGGU